CUCCUCCUCCUCCUCUUCUUCCUCCUCCUCUACUUAACCGAAGCUGGGACUCAUCCACCGGGAGAAACUGCAGCGCUUCACCCUCUCUUCGAGCCCGGUCUACGCCCUCCUUCCUCCGGCCGAGCACGGAACCGAUCGGCGGUCCUCCCCCCGGUAGGCCUGACGUAAUAUCAUCAUGGAGGAGUUUGACGUCCCACAGAUGAGGAGAGAAGUGGAAAGCCUUCAGUAUCAGCUGGCGAUCAACAGAGAGAAAUCCUCCAUCACUGUUACCGAGCUGGUGAAGUGGAUCGAGGGUUGUGUCUGUGAAGAUCCGUUCCUCAACCCGGAGCUGAUGAGAGCCAACCCCUGGGUGGAGAAGGGCAAGUGUGUGAUCCUCUAAUGGUCACACACGCCAAACACACAAAAUCACGGAUGCAUAUAAACUUAAGAAUCACGCACUCCCACAAAGUCAUGCUGCACUAACUCACUCUCACACUCACUUACUCGCACACAUGCGCACACACACAAAUACACACACAUACGCACACACACACAUUAUUGCUAUUAUCUUGUUUAUUUAUUUGGAGACUCCUGAAUGCUGUUAAUUUAUGUUUAGAAUACUGUGUGUGUGUGUGUGUGUGAGUGUGUGCAUGUGCGUGUGUGUGUUCAGCACUGAGUAGCUCUACGGAGGUUUGUUUUGACGGACUGCUGAGAAAUGUUCAACACCACGUUUUUAUUGGCUCUUUACACUGUCAAUCAAAAAUAAAGACUGUUUUGAAUUUAA